GGCCCUUUUCUAACCAUGUGACGAAGCUUUUCGCUGCUUCCGUCUCGUGGUUGCUUUGCGAACUCUUCCUACGGGGUCCUAGCGCCACCAGUUAAAUUUGGAUCGCUUCGAUAGCAGCCCCUUCGCCAGCCAUGGAAGAAGAGCUGUCUAGUGCGAUGGGCGGAAGGAAAGAUGCCCUGUGUGUGGUCGACAAUACUGUAAGUCAGAACAAAGGAGCAAUAGCGGAGGAGGACGAGGACGACUGUCAGGGCCUAUGGAAGUUGCCCGUGGAGUGCAGCGUUCGCAGACGCGAGUGUGGCCGCUGUGGCCGUCCUCAAAAGGUGUGCUUGUGUCCGUUUUUGCCAGUCAAUCCCUUGAAAGUCUCCACCUGCUUGUACAUCAUCCAGCAUCCAGCAGAGGAAAGUAGAGUACUACGGACGGUGCCUCUGCUGGCUGCUUGCUUGCCUGAAGAAAAAUGUAAAGUUUUGAUUGGUCGUCGCUUCAGUGAAGACCGGUACCCUGAGCUAGCAUAUGUGUGCAGAAAUCCUAAUACCUUGAUAUUAUAUCCUGGAGCGGGAGCAGCAAAUCUAGAAGAAAUAGAAUUCAGCUCCCCAAAUCCCUGUGUAAUCAUAAUAAUCGAUGGAACCUGGAGUCAGGCCAAAGAUAUAUUCUUUAAGAACUCCCUUUUUCGUAUACCUAAGCAGGUGCAACUGAGAACUAGCCUUUCAAGUCAGUAUGUUAUUCGUACACAGCCCACAAAUGCAUGCCUAUCCACACUUGAAUGUGCAGCAGUUGCUCUUGCAAUCAUGGAAAAAAAUGAUUAUAUUAAAGAGACUCUACUCCGACCUCUUCAAGCUCUGUGUUCUUUCCAGCUUCAGCAUGGUGCCCAGAUCCAUCACAGCAAAGAAUAUCUUAUUAAAAAUGGUUUAUAUGACAAGCCUAUGCCAAAAAAUAAACGCAAACUCAGGAGAAUGGAACUUUUAGUUAAUAAUGUUAAAAUUUAGCAAUGUCAUGUAGUCAUAAAAAGACUUUUUUCUUCCUUUUAGCUAAUGAGGUGAAGUUUGAUAUGGGUUUAAUCCAAACAGCCAUUUCUUUAAUAAAAGGACCAAAUUUAGGUGGCGUCUUGCCCAGGAGUUCAAGCAUAAUAGAAAAAAACAGAGUUCCUAUUGCAUUGGACCAAGGAAUAAAGGACAGCCUUUAUUUCCCCCAGUUUAUCCAUCUGUGAUCGGUAACAUGACUUCUUUGUUUUUCCUAUAGAAAAAUUUUGGCAUUGCUGAAUGAAGUACAAAAGUUUUAUAAUGCAAUGGUAAGGAUUCAGUAAUAGGUGAUUUGUAAGGAUGUUCAGUACUAAAAUGCAGAUUCUCAUUUUCUCCUGGAAGUGUAUUUAUGCUGCCAACUGUGUAAGGCCAAGUGGAGACAAGAAUCCAAGAUUGCUGCUUUACUUAUAAAAAUAUUAAUGAAAUUGUUUAAAACAGAUGUGCUUUGGCCUGGAGCUUUUCUUUCUGCUAUAAAAAGAUACAGACAUGAUAGAAUGGUUAAGACUCUGACCCUGAUAUAGAACAAACCACAGGAGCAGGACUUACAUCUUUCCCAAGGGACUGUAAACAGCACAUGAAAAGAUCUUUGCCAGACUCUGUCCUGACAGCUCAAAUGUUAUGUGUUUGAGGUUGGCUAGAUCACAAUCAUAACCUUGAUUUUUUUUUUUUGUAGCCAUUAGUAUUCUUAGUAUAGGAUAUAAUAUAUAACAGUCAUUAGUAUUCUUAGGUCUUGUGUAGCAGGAGAAUUUAUUCUUUUGCAUAUAUUUCUGACUACUGUAGCAGAAAUCGGAGAUGUGAUAGAAGUUGAAAAGGAACAUCAGCCCUAUGUGGUGUGUUUCAUCUAGAUAAAGAAAUGGAAUCAAUGUUAUUGAGAAUACAAGUUGACAGCAAAAAUUACUGAUGCUGACAUAGGACAUUCCUACCGAAGAUAUAUCAGGACUGAAGCAGUUCCUGUGAAAGUAUUAGCAAUUAUUUUUUUUGUAACAAACACCGUCCUCAUAUUGAUGAAAGGUGGUCUCAUUUCCUUUAGUUUGAUUUUGCCUUAUUUCAGACUCAGUAAUAUAGCUGUGUAUAAUUGAAAAGGUUAUCUUCACUACCAGGAAGGCUAAAUGUUUUACUUAAUGAAAGCAAUUUUAAGGAGAGAAGAAAAAUUCCAAAUUUGAAACAAUUUAAAUUAUCUUAGCAUUAUCAAAAAAAAAACCCUUUCAUAAUAUUAUGAGUAUUUUUAUUCACACUGAAUUAAUGUUUCCUAUUUUGCCGCUUUUAUAAACUUUCUUAACCCAAUAAGCUCAGCUAUUUCUUUAAAAUUACUCAGAAGUAAAUUUUAUAUGAUUUAAUAAUUUGGACUCCCAUUUUGUUUUUAUGUAGAACUUGUAAUUUAUCAGAGGUGUUCAUACUUUAUUUUGUCACAGAUUUUAACAGCUAUGUCAGGAUUUUUCCUCUUCAUUUUACAUGAGAUUUCCAUGUUUUAUUUUGACAUUUCUUGGUGUGUAGUAGAAGUGUACUUCUUGCUGCCGUUUUCAUAAAAAAUAUGUGAUCUUUAGUUUACAACCAUA